AUCAAUGAUAUCUACUACAUCACUUGGAGCUCCGAAAGAUAUUGAGGUUCCAAGAUCUCCUGGCGAUGGUGUCACUGGCUUAGCAUUCUCUCCACAGGCUGAUUUCCUAGCUGCAUCUAGUUGGGAUAACCAAACUAGAAUCUAUGAGGUCCAGCAGAACGGAACUGCCGUAGGAAAGGCUGCAAUCCAACACGAAGCACCGGUUCUGGAUGUCUGUUGGAGUAAAGAUGGAACCAAGAUUGUCUCGGUUGGAGCAGACAGAGCAGGAAGAAUGCUUGAUAUGCAUACGGGACAGUCUACACAAGUUGCUGGACACGACGCUCCUAUCAAGAGUUGUCGUUGGAUUGACGGCGUGCCGAAUCUAACCAACAUGCUAGUGACGGGAUCAUGGGACAAAACUGUCAAGUAUUGGGAUCUCCGAUCACAAGCACCAGCAUUCACACUCCAACUUCCUGAACGAUGCUAUUCGCUGGAUGUUGCAGGGCCGUUGAUGGUAGUAGGAACGGCUGAACGACACAUUCUUGCAUACAAUCUUAACAAUCCGUCAACAGUAUACAAGCAAAUCAUAUCACCGCUCAAGUGGCAAACAAGAGUAAUUAGCUGUUUUCCUAGUUUUAAUGGUUAUGCAAUCGGAUCGAUUGAAGGUCGCGUUGCCAUCCAGUAUAUCGAAGAUCGUGAUGCUGCCAACACGUUUUCAUUCAAAUGCCAUAGAGAAGACUCGAAGGUUUUCCCAAUCAACUCUAUUUCGUUUCAUCCAACAUAUGGAACAUUUUCUACUGCGGGUGCUGAUGGAGCAUUUAACUUUUGGGAUAAGGAUUCAAAGCAGCGAUUGAAAUUGGGUACUCAACAGUCUGGAUCGCCAAUUUCCGCUACAUGCUUUAAUCGUAACGGAACAAUUUUUGCCUAUGCUGUUGGUUAUGAUUGGCACAAGGGCCACGAGCACAAUAAAUCUAACCAGGGCGGCACACGAAAUGUGAUUAUGUUGCAUCCUGUCAAAGAUGAGGAUAUCAAGCCAAAACCCAAGAAACGAUAAUCAUAUGAUAUACGACAUACAGUUGAUUUGUGAAUGGAUGAGUUGCUUAACAUGAAUGCUCGUGCUAUUAUAAACGAUGCGUGCACCAGACAUUGCGAUUAGUUUGGAGAAAAUGAAGAUGCGUUUGAUCUACUC